CUUUUUUCCUCUUUCAUCUAAUGCUUGCUUGGUAGUACUUGUUUAAUGAGAACAGUCUCUGCAUUGUAUAUACUUAACCGCGAUUAACCCAAUAACACGAUGUUUGCAUGGCGGUUUGAAACCAUAAAACCGCCACUGAAGCCAUCCUUGAACGAAAUGCACCUACUAAAACACCAUCCGGACUAUUUCUUAACCCGUUGCGUGUAGGCUGAACACAUUAAAAAAAAUCAACACAUUUUUCAUAAACUGCAAAGACAAUGCCUCCGCUCAGCGUCAACCGAACAAGUCGUGGAAGCGUUCCUGCCCAAAGUUGUCGAAUCCCGUCUUGUUUGUACAGUUUGUAAGCGCAAUGGAUGCUGUUUUUGUAUCUGUAUUUUGCACUGCACGAUUGCAUACGAGUUUUUACCGUAUCAAUGGGUUGUGUGCAGAAAAUGGUAACGGCACCUGAGAUGCAACCAAUGGAAAUGGUUGUUUUGGUACUCAGCUUCUCACCUGGUGUUAGAUGUCCUUGAAGAGCUUGCUUUAAACCAGUGUAUGUGCUGAACCGAAUAGCAGAGUUUCCUGCCUGGCGAACAAUUGUGGGUCCAAAACCUCGAUACAAUGCUUUUAGACCCCCGUCUCUGGAAAUCGUUUUAAUGGCAUGCAUGAAUGAUCCAAGUCGUUGCUUGCUUGGUACUUGUUUCCCGUCAUCAAUUACAGCGGUUUUGACGACUUCAAACGGUGUGAUGAGAAAUACCGAUUCAAUGAUUCCAGCACCUAAGCCAGCAGCGACGGUUCGUGGACCUGUUGGUCGACUAUUUGGUGGGUUCAACAAUCUCAAAAUACCGUCAAACGCGAGAAAACGAAAUCCUGCUCUGACCACAUUCCCAAUGAAUAGUGACGUGUAGCCUCGGUACCAUUGCAAUCCAAAUGGCGGGAGCUUCGCUGCGGCCCCUUCUGCUCGUUCGUACAGCUGUAAUCGCGUCUUUGCGAAUUCUGCAGGAUACGUGAUACUCACUUCAAAUGCACCAGCGGUCACACCAGCAAGAAUUUUUUGCAAUGGACCAGGUUCCCGUCUUUUUUGAGACCUUUGCAUUUUGUCAGUACUUCGAGUCUUACACCAACAAGGCUUUUUGGCGUUUUCCCACAACAGCUGCUGUGUCUUGGUUCGUCAAAAACAAUGCGCGUUCUUGGUGAAAAUGUCGCAUGUGACGUCUUGGGCCGCCCGCUUAAUACAUUUAAAGUUUCGCAACAAAUGAUUUUCGUGAACGACGCAAUUUAGAUGAAUCGUGCAGUUGCAAUCCAAUAGCAACCGUUGUAAUCUCGUGUACGCACUCGUCCCUUGCCUUUGUUUACGUUUACGAAGUACGCCAAGUCCCUUGUAUACUUUCGAGAACAUUUCUUCUGGAAAAUGGCUCACCGGUUUUUGUCAAUUAUUCAAACAUGACAGCACUUCCGCGCUACCAAGCUUAUAAAUAUGACUGUGAUGCUAUGGAGUUCUCAUCUUUUCCCUAUACUACGCAUUUGGUGAAUUCCGCUGUACAAAUCGAAAGUCUUAAUUCGUGCUGAUAUCUAAGCAUUUCUUCGCACACGCAUCACCAUCGCAUCGACCCUAAUACGCACGAUCUAAUCCCGCAUUGUUCACUUUACAAUUUCUAUUUCUCUACGCUGUUGUCAUGGCAUACUCUUGGACAAACAUUUGCAACGCAUUCAAGAACAAACUCUUCAAGUCUAAAGAUGGUCGUUUCAAAACACACAACGAAUAUGUAAAGUACCAUUUGCUUCAAGUAUACGAACGCAUUCUUGAAGUAGCGCAAGAAGUCCUGGACGAGGGGUUUGCUGACCCCCAAUAUGUGGACAAGAUGUUCGAGACGCAUCCUGAUUUCCAUCCGUGCUGGGUGCGCGACCAGCUAGCUGCACUAUACACCGAUGUUUACUUCCAUCGCAGCAAGUUACAAAAAAUGAAGUCGACCGAUCUUACUGGAUACCGCUACUACUUGUUAUAUGAGCACGUAAACCAAACCGCAUUUAGUUUGGGCCGCAUGAUCAUGUGCGUAAUACGACACCCGAAGGUCCAGCAGGCAUACCAAGAAGAACAGCCCAGUCUCGUAAACCGAUACAAUCAGCUUAUUCUUCGUUUAGCCGAGGCCGUACGAACUACAGAAGGGAUUUACAACCGCAAGCAGCGUUUUUGCUAUCGCGUAUUUAAUGUCUUCAAAGUUAUGCGCGCCCAGCUGAAGUUUAUCAUUCUCACCACGAGUGGCACCAUCGAUCCGCUUAAGAAAAUGAAGCCCGUGUUCUAUGAAGCCGUUCGUAUCCCAGCACUUUCUUGGCGCCGACCGAACCCGGAAUGGAAAGUUAUUGUGUGAAAACUGAAAAAGGAACUCAGUAUUGGCAACAUCAUGUGUCCGCAAUUUCCUUCGUUAUGAACAGAGUAAACAUUUAAAUGUUACUAGAUAAUAUCA